CAACACUUUAAAUUAAAAUGUCAACAAAUUACUUCACGUGCCGAAUCUUUCCUUUUGCCGCACGAAUUUGUUUAAAAGCUCCACAGCUUCUUGUCCAUAUUUCUGCCCCGUGUAUUUUUAAAACGAUGUGUUCCAACAGUGACGAAAUUUUAACCACAAACUUAUCAAAGUGUCUUCGAAGUGAAGUCCCUGUUAUAGGCACACACAGUGGAACAUUUCAUUGUGAUGAAGUGUUGGCUUGUUUUAUGCUGAAACAACUACCAGAAUACAAGAACGCUUCCAUAUUUAGAAGUCGAGAUGAUAAAUUAUUACACGAAAAUUGUGAUAUAAUUGUUGAUGUUGGUGGCGAAUUUAAUCAUCAACAGAAGUUGUAUGAUCAUCAUCAAAGAAAUUUUUCGGAAACUCUUAGCUCGUUGCGACCGGAACUUGGCGACCAAUUCAAAAUCAAGCUUAGUAGUGCUGGGCUUAUAUAUGCUCAUUAUGGCGAGCGUGUAAUAGAAAACAUAUUGGAAAAAAAGGGAAUGUCAUUAUCGGCUGAAAAUAUAAAAUUGAGUUUUAUUCAAAUAUACCGAAAUUUCGUUAGUGAAAUUGAUGCUAUUGAUAAUGGUGUACCCAUGUACGAAAAUGAGGAUGAACCUUUAUAUAAAAUAUCAACGCAUCUCUCAUCACGCGUACACAGAAUUAAUCCAUCUUGGGAAGACGAGCAGGGUCCGGAAAUUGAACAAAAACGAUUUGAGAUUGCUUUGGAAUUGGUUGGAAAAGAGUUUACAGACAAUGUUUUAGAUAUGGCUGGUUCUUGGAUAAAAGCGAGAGAAUAUGUGCGGAAAUCCUUGAAAGAAGCCAAAUCUAUUUACGAGACGGGUGAAAUACUAUUACUAGAGCGUUUUUGUCCUUGGAAAUCCCAUUUAUCGGACCUAGAGAAGGAAUACGGCGUUGAAGGUAUACCUAAAUUAGUUAUAUUUUCUGAAAAAGAACAGAGCUGGCGCGUGGCAGGGGUUCCGAUUUCUCCUACUAGUUUUUUGGGAAGAAAAUUUUUACCUGAACCCUGGAGAGGCUUGCGAGAUGAAAAACUAUCAAAGAUGGCCAAUAUACCGGACUUAAUUUUUGUACACUCAACUGGAUUUAUUGGAGGAGCUAAAACUAAGGAAGCCGCUUUAGAAAUGGCAAUAAAGAGUGUGCAAUGGAAAGUAUAAAAACCCUUAAAUAUAAGAGUGAGAUUACUAGCUUAAGUAAUGUAAGCUAUAAAUAAAAAUUUCAAAAAAUGUAG